CCACCCUAUUCUGUUAUCUUCUUUUAGAUACAUUAAUUCCCUUUUUCUCUUUAAUUUGACCUGUAAUGGCUAUCAAGUCCUUUUUCUUCUUGUUCGCAACUUUACUUCUUAUCCAAACUCUGGCUGUGGCUGCAACAUGCAGCGAUUGUUUUACCCAAUCACGGGCAGCUUACUACCCGAAUUCUGAUGAACAAGGCACAGAUGUUGGUGCUUGUGGGUAUGGUUCAUUUGGAGCAACAAUUAAUGGUGGAGAUGUAUCAGCUGCGUCUGAUCUCUAUCGCAAUGGCGUUGGCUGUGGGGCUUGCUUCCAGGUGAGGUGCAAGAACAGUCAUUAUUGCACAGACAAAGGAGUAACUGUUGUUAUUACAGAUUCAGGCUCGAGUGAUAAUACGGACUUCAUUCUGAGCAGGAAAGCCUUUGGUCAUAUGGCUCAAAAUCCUGAUGCAGCAGCAUCUAUAUUAGCACUUGGUAUUGUUGAUAUAGAAUAUAGACGUGUUUCUUGCAGCUACCCAGGGAAAAAUAUAACUAUUAAGAUCGAUGAACACAGCAACUACCCUUAUUAUCUGGCUUUCUCUUUGUGGUAUCAACAAGGCAAAAAGGAUAUCACUGCUGUGCAGCUUUGUGAGACUCAAAAUUUUGCAUGCAAGCUCUUGGAUCGGAGUUAUGGCGCAGUUUGGACGACAACCUCACCACCGAGUGGUCCUUUGUCUCUAAGGAUGUUGCUCAGCGGUGAUGACGGAGAUGAAUCAUGGGUGGUUCCUGUAAACAACAUACCCCAAGACUGGAAAGCUGGAGAAACAUACGACACUGGCGUCCAGGUCGACUACUAAGAGCCAACAUUCAGAAAUUUCUUUUUUUCUCAAAGAAGCCAUUAAUUACCAUAUACAAAUGAAAAUAAACGUCUGAUAUUUUAAUGUAUUCCUUUAUUUAUAAGUCGUGAAUGAAUGUAAUCAUUGUAUUGCUGAUUAAUAAAUUUCCAGUUUUUUUCUUAUGAUUAAA